AUGAUAGACCUUUUCAUGCCCUUUCGGGCAUUUUUGAAGUUUGAAAAUGUUUGUACGGACAACAAUGUUUUUCGCAUGCACUACAAAGCAACAGUAAUAAUGCUUCUAGUGUUCACUUUGAUGGUAACUUCGAAGCAGUUCUUUGGAGAACCUAUUCAUUGCAUGAGUGACGGCAAAAGCAAUAGCGAUAAAGAUGCAAUCAAUAGCUAUUGCUGGAUCUACGGAACCUAUACUUUGAAGAGCCGCCUCACUGGUAAGUAUAUUCGGUUUUGUUUCUGUACAUUUGUGACCAACUUGUAUUUCUCACUAAACUAUCGACAUAUUUAA